CAAUCAGGUCCGACUCAAGAGUCCAUUUGAUUUUGUAUCGUUUCCAAGAACUUUCUCGGAAUCUCUAAAAUUUUCCUUCGCACUUUCCAUGGAUUCUUCCCACACCCUGCCAGACACUCCAAUUCGACAACUACCGCUUGUGGAUUACUAGUUAUUUGAUUCUUUCAUCAUCAUUGACUAACACAAUAAAGUAGGAGAAAACCCGAAGAGGAAGUGUUCUUGACGAGUAAUGAGACCGAUCCAACCCCCACCACCGGGUCCUUCGUCCUCCAUGGCGCCUGCGAAGGCUAGUAGGAACCGGCCGCGUAGGCGUCCGGACCUAACCUUACCUUUACCCCAACGCAAUCCAACUCUGGCCGUGCCACUUCCUCUGCCUCCUCAACAACUCAGCUUCACGGAUUUGGACCGGAUCAAUCUAAUUGGUAGCGGAAGUGGGGGAACCGUCUACAAGGUGGUCCACCGCCCGACUGGCCGUCUGUAUGCUCUGAAGGUGAUUUAUGGGAAUCACGAAGACUCAGUUCUCCGCCAGAUCCGUCGCGAGAUCGAGAUCCUCCGUGACGUGGAUCAUCCUAAUGUUGUCAAGUGCCAUGGUAUGUUCGACCAAAACGGGGGGAUCCAGGUUCUUCUCGAGUUCAUGGAUGGUGGCUCUCUUGAGGGUACGCACAUCGCACACGAGCCUCACCUCGCCGACAUCGCCCGUCAGGUUCUUAGGGGAAUCGCUUAUCUUCAUCGGCGCAAGAUUGUUCACCGCGACAUCAAGCCCUCUAACCUUCUCAUCAACUCUCGCAAUAAUGUUAAGAUUGCCGAUUUCGGGGUUAGCAGGAUUCUCGCGCAAACCUUGGACCCUUGCAAUUCAUCGGUAGGCACCAUAGCCUACAUGAGCCCGGAAAGAAUCAACACCGACUUGAACCAUGGACAAUACGAUGGUUGCGCUGGGGACAUAUGGAGUUUGGGGGUCAGCAUAUUGGAGUUCUUCUUGGGUAGGUUCCCGUUCGCGGUGCCGAGAGGAGGGGAUUGGGCCAGUUUGAUGUUUGCCAUAUGCAUGUCAACACCACCAGAGGCACCGGCUACUGCUUCCAGGGAGUUCAAGAAUUUCAUAGCUUGUUGUUUGCAGAUAGAGCCAGGGAGGAGAUGGACCGCAAAUCAGUUAUUGCAGCAUCCGUUUGUAGUGAGGGUUGGAGGAGGGCAGAGCCAGAGUCUACACCAAUUGUUGCCUCCUCCUCGCCCACUCUCUUCCUAGUUAGUAUUAUUGUCUUUGAUUUUUGAUGUGAUGGAUUGGAUUUUUUUUUAGGGGAAAAUGAGGAAGAUGUACUUAAUGUUUCAAGGUUUCGGAUCAAAUCUCUUUAAUAAUAAUGUUUACCAGAAUAGGAAAAAGAAAAAAAAAGAAAAAGAAAAAGAGAACUACUGUUUUUGAUGACAAGCUUAAUGUUUCUUUUUUUUCA